GGCUCAGAUAUAAAAAACAAAAUGGCGGUUAGAGGUCUGCAAACUUUGCGUCUUUUGUUACAACACUAAGAGACAACGACCAUAGAACAGAAAUGCCUCGUGGAGUGAAAAUUGAACGCCCCCCACCAGCUGAAUCAGUUGAGCCUCUGCAGGCCUCUACUGUUGUAAUUCUUCAUCCUGGUUCAACCUCCAUGUGGUUGGGUCGUGCCACUGACCAUCUGCCACAGAGCAUUCCUCAUGUUAUUGCUUGGAGAAAACCUCCGCAGUGCACUGCUGAUCUCCCAGAUCAAAGCUUACUUGUGAGAGAUGGACUUGAUCAUCCUGACAGCGAAACACAAAAAGAGCUUGCUCUCAGUGUUAUAGAACAAGCUAUUUGGUCAAGGAAGACUUCACCUGGCUCUCGGAAGCAUCAAACAACAGUUUCACAGGUGUCAGCAUUUAAUGCCAAGGUUGAUGCUGAGCUUCACCACGGGGAUGAGUCAUCAAUCAAAUGGACAGACACCAGCUCAGAACCUCCUUUCAUUGUUGGUGAACCUGCUCUUUACAUUCAUCCCAAUGAACCAUAUACCCUUCACUGGCCGGUGAAAGGAGGACAUCUGAAUCUUCACAGUGGAGCAGGAGGUUCACUUACAGCAGUCUGUGCUGAUCUAGAGACCCUGUGGGCUUAUGCUAUACAGACUGCCUUGACUAUUCCACUACGUGAUCUAGGGUACUAUCGAGCUGUUUUAGUGGUCCCUGACUCUUUUGACAAGAACCAUAUCAAGGAGAUGAUGAACAUCUUACUUUGUAAACUUGGAUUUUCAUCUGCCAUCAUCCACCAGGAGUCUGUGUCUUCAGUGUUUGGUUGUGGUUUGAGUGCUGCCUGUGUAGUGGAUGUUGGAGAUGAGAAGACAAGUAUCUGCUGUGUAGAAGAUGGUCUUGUCAUUCCAAGUUCACGAUUGUGGCUCCAGUAUGGAGGGAGAGACAUCACAAGAUCCUUCUACUGGUUGUUGAGAAGAGUCAGCUUUCCCUACAAAGAGUGUGAUAUCAACAAUAGGCUUGAUGUACUUCUUUUGCACGAGUUAAAGGAAACGUUCUGUCAUCUAAGUCAGGAUAUUGUUGGUGGCCAAGUACACGAGUUUCAGGUACACCGUCCUUUCGAUACUCCUCGUUCGUACCAGUUGAAGAUUGGAGAUGAGGCAAUUGAAGCUCCUAUGGUAUGUGCAGAACACUCGCUGGCUUGAAGUGAUAUUGCUAUCGGUUUUACCAAGAGAUUAUCAGAUCAUAUUCUCUUGGUUUUACAUAGUAGUGUCACUAGUGUGAUUUGCUUGCCGUCGGCCUUUUCUUCCUUUUUUAGGGUUCGAUGAAUAAACUCGUGAACGCGAAGGCAAAAAGGCGGUAUGCGCGCGACGGGGUUUGGGCGAGACGAUAUCUUCUCGUGCGCGCUAACCUGUUCCAGGCAUCUUAAACCCUCGCACCUUACUCCCUUCUGAUUUUCGAGAAACUAACAGGCUCUAAGCAGCCUGCAAUAAAAAGGUUUGAUUCUGUAGAACAGUACCCAUAAGGAGUGAGGAUGACUAAUAAAGAAAAGGGUGAAAAUGGAUUACACAAGGCUCGUGUUUUCAAGUCUCUCUUGAUAUUUUACAAAAAUAUAUUAUUAAGGCAUUGAAUUCCUUUGAUUGUUACCUACGAUAAGUUACAGAGCUCUCAAAGAUAUCUCUAAAUACGAAAGUUUAGAGCAAGUGACCCGGUGACGCUACCACUGAGUUAAUUUUUGGUAGAUUGUGGUUCAUAUCUUCUUGACUAAUUUGAAUAGGAAACAUGAAAAGUAAUUUAUCAAGCAUGAGAGACCAUUUUUCACUACAUUUCCAAACACCUAGAAGAAGAGAGUUGAAAGUGAUAAAACAGAGGAAAAAAUAGCCAGUUUUGAACCCGGAUGAUUGAAAGUUAUUUUUUGCUCUAGAAAAGAAUAUUAUUGUUACUCUAGGAUAAAACGUUGAAAGGUUUUGAUUUGGAGCAAAACAACUAAAUUUAAGCAAUAGAGCUCUUUUUCCAUGUUUACAUAGCCUCAUCUAAACACGAGAAGGGUCGGGACAAUUCGGGACCGUUAUGCA